AUGGCUUAUUUCAGGAACAUGGAUGUCAUCAAUGUCACUGCCUUGCCAGUGGUGCCCGUGGAUGAGCACCUGACCGUCUCCCUCGGGACACGGGAUGCGGUGAAAAAUGCCCUGAGGAAGAGUCUGGAGCACAACCCACCCUGCUGCCUUAUUGGCUCCAUACACCGGGUGAACCAAAGGAUUGCUGAGCUCGAUCUGAGUCCCAGCCUGUUGGCCAACAGCCUGGCAAUUGAGAGAUUCGAGUUGGAGAAGAAGGCUUUGAGAGAGAAAAGUCACGACGACCCAGGAGACAGAGACAAGAGUCAAAGCAAAUCAGAGUAUACUUGCAGAGGCUCAGAAUCCAGGAAUGUCAGAUCUUUCAUUUUUAAAAGGAAAAUAGCCCAUAAAGAUCUGCUGGCGGAGCUCUACCAGUACACACCGUCUAACAGCCCUGCACCAAACAGGCUUCCAAACGGGGUGAACUUCUGUGACAUGGUGGGCAACGUGGUCCGGGCUGAGAGAAACCCCCUUAGUGGCAAGUCUUUCUGUUCAGAUAGAGAAUUAGAGAAGUUUCUCUCUUCUCCUUCUCCAAGAGCCAUAUGGCUGGAUAGCUUCUGGUGGAUCUUUCAUGAGAGGUACCAGCCCAACAAGGAGAUCCAGAAUAAGCUGUUUGACCGGAUAGCCCAAAACUACGCCUUUCUCUUGUUGAAUGAAUCCAAGUCCCACUAUGAAGAGGCGCUCUUAAAAAAGUUGCCAACGCUGCUGAGUAAAGCUGUGUACACCAGCUUCUGUUGCUGCUUCCCGCAAUCCUGGUUCAACACGCACGAAUUCAAAUCGAGCAUCUGUAACACGAUGAGCCUGUGGAUUUCAGGUAUCUACCCUUGCCUACAGAGCUAUAACAGCUGGGACUAUUCAGAACUGGAUCCAGAGAGAUUCCGCAGAGAAAAAUUAAUUUUGCAAAGAAGACUGUUAAAGAAAAGAGAGUUUUCUUUGUUCACUUCUAAGAGAUGUAUCUCCCAGGGGCCUCGCCAGAACAAGAAAGUUCCCUGCCCUAAGUCUCCUGGUAAAAAUUCAACCACUGAGAAAGACUCUUCGGCCAAGAAGAAUUCAGCAGAUAGAUCACAAACACAGAAUGCCCCAAAAGAGCAUCAUGGUCAGACUCUGGUCUUUAGGAAAGCUGCAAAACUAGUCAAGAGGAUAUCAGAAGCAAGAGAACUUGAGAAUAUGCUUCCCAAGCAGUCUCACCCAGCCUGCAAAAGCCCUGAGCUGAUUUCAAACUUCUUCAACCUUUAUGGGAAGAGCCCUCUGAUUGUGUACUUCCUCCAGAAUUACGCCUGUCUGCAGCAUUGUGGCAAAGACGUGUUGAUAGUCAGGAGGGAAAGAACCAAGAGCAUCCCUGAGUCCGUCCUGACGUAUGCUAAGGUCAUCAAUCUGACCCUGAGCAACAUGAAGAAGCGGAGGGACAACCUCCACCAACUGAGCUGGCUCCACAGGAAUGAAUGGAAUUAUUUUGAUGAGUACCUAAAGGGACUGCAAGAAAACUUCCUCAGAGAGGUGAAGAAUAUCGAUCAAAGAGCAUUAGAUAAAAAGAAGGCAAACCACAUGUUCAUCCCACCUUCAACUUUCAUCGAGGAAUUCCCUGACAAGAAAUCUGGAGGAAGUCUUGAGAGGGAGACUGCGUUUCUUUUAAGAUCUUAG